AUGCAAAUACCAGUUCCUAUUAUGCAUCUUAUGCAUCGAGAUGAGAUGAAAAGUUGCUCGCCAAAUGUGGACUUGUACCCAUUGCAGUUCACUCUACCAGCCGAACGUGCUGAGGAUCAUCAACCGAUGAAGAUCGAUGUUUCAAUCGUGGAUGAUUUCGAUUACACACAACUGGAAAAAACGAUAUUGGAAGAUGAGGAAUGUGAGAUGUUGUUGGUGGGUGCGCAGUCAGAAUCGUUGAAUGUGGAACAACGACAAACGAUCGCUGAACUGGAACGACGAAUCGUCGAACGUUAUCGAACAGUGCCUCGUUUCGAGUCAUUGUCAUGUAAUCGCCGAGAUAACGACGCAGUGCCAAAGUGUAAGCAUAAUGAUAUGAUCAUUGCGAUUGAUCAAGAAAGGUGUGGAGCAUUCCUACAGCAAAUUGAUGCAAACGGAUGUUCAGUCAGAUUUUGUGUUCCCUAA